AUGGGCUGGGCACAGGAGUCGUUAAAGGGUGCCCGGGUCCUGGUGACUGGUGCCAGUGCGGGAAUAGGUGAACAAAUGGCAUAUCACCUCGCCGGCUUUGGUGCCCAGGUGGUUAUUACAGCCAGGAGGGAAAAGGUUCUACAGCAGGUAGCAGAGAAAUGCCAGGUGUUGGGGGCCCCGAAAGCUCUAUACAUAGCAGCAGACAUGGCCAAUCCGUCUGACCCAGAGAGAGUGGUGAAGUUUGCUGUGGACAAGCUGGGAGGACUGGACUACCUGGUGCUGAAUCACUUAGGAUCCAGCCCAUUCACUAUGUGGGAUGGAGAUGUGGAACACACUAGAUGGUUAAUGCAGGUGAAUUUCCUCAGCUAUCUGCAGAUGGCAAAGACAGCUCUGCCUACCCUUGAGCAGAGUAAGGGUUCCAUUGUGGUCGUCUCCUCCUUGUUAGGAAAAAUGAGCAGUCCGUUUGUGGCUCCCUACACGUCCACCAAGUUUGCCCUGAACGGCUUCUUUGGGACGUUGCAGCAUGAGCUUGCCAUGCAGAGGAGCAACGUGUCCAUCACCAUCUGCAUCCUGGGCCUGAUAGAUACAGACUCAGCUAUGGAGAAAGUCAGGGGCAUCACCAACAUCCAAGCCUGGCCGGCCAGUGAGGCGGCUCUGCACAUCAUCACUUCUGGAGCCACGCAACAGACAGAGUCUUACUAUCCCUGGUUCUGGUACUAUGGCUGUCUCAUCAGAGACUGGUCCCCCUACUUCAGGGACAUGUCUUUACGUAACUUGUAUAAAUAUUAACCAUUUGCUUGAAAUAUACAUUAUGAUAGAAUCGCUUUUACAUUUUUCCCUUUUUGUUUACACUUAUUUGUUGAUUUAAAAAAAUGCUGUUACAGCCAACUUCUCUGACAUUGAUAAUUUAAACACAGUUCUUUAAAUGAUAAACAUUUCAGUAUAUAUUAAGAUUUUCAUGUAAAACUGUGUUACUUGUUGGUCUUCUUCUUUGUAUAAUUGGUUGCUUUUCUGUGGUACAUUUCUGCAUGUUUCUGUCACAAUUUGAACUUUGUCCAACACCUCUCUCAUUGCUUUUGAAUGAUAUCCACAUGUAAUCAACAGUACUGGGGAGUAGUGAACUACAUACAUGUAGGUCAACUAGUUAUUUAAUUACAUUUUGCAGUAGCUUGGUGGGAGUUGAACGAAAUUCAAAUAUUGGUAGUGUUUGUAGUAGUAAAUAACUUUUUUUUGCCAUGUAGCGAUGUUGCUAACUACACACUACUGUUUUUGCAAAAAUAAAUAAAAUAUGGGUGA